AUGAACGCUACAGCUACAUCGCUGCCGCCCAAUGCCCCCGUCACCAACGGAGAAGCAGAUGUAUCGUCGUUGCAAAAUGUCUGCGCCCUUCUCCACGCCCAGGUCGCCGACUUCCUGGCAGCUCCUCCGCCGGACGAGGUGACCGAGCGGACGCAAGAACAGACCAAGAUUGCGCUGGAGGUGAUAGCCAAGGCAUUGCAGGACUAUGAGUUUGGCUCUCUGUCGAUCUCGUACAAUGGCGGCAAAGACUGUCUCGUCCUGCUCAUUCUAUACCUCGCCGUGCUCCAUACGCACUUUACCCAACCCAAGAACCGGCGGAAAGACGAGCCAGAGCCACCGCGCUCGUUUCCUACCUACAUUCCCGCCAUCUACGCCAAACCGCCCGACCCGUUUCCCGCCGUGACCGAAUUUGUCGAAUACUCGUCAAGAUUAUACCAUCUAGACCUGACACACAUAGCCACCAACCCGGGACCCAGACCGCGCGAGAGAUCUCACUCUAACCCUCCGCUGACCCACGGUCUCCCCUCGCUCACCGACCUCGACAGCAUCAAUGGCGACGAUGGGCAAGAUGCAGCGUCCAAACCGACCAUCUCUUUCCGCGACGCCUUCGCCUUGUAUUUGACCUCCCAUCCGUCCAUUCAGGCCAUCUUCGUCGGCACUCGGCGUACCGACCCGCACGGCAGCCAUCUCACGCACUUCGACCCGACGGACCACAACUGGCCGAAAUUCAUGCGCAUCCAUCCCAUCAUCGACUGGCGGCUGUCGGAGAUCUGGUGUUUCUUGCGCUCGCCGCAUCUCAAAGACCCGCUCACCGGCGGUCCUCUCAAAUACUGUUCCAUGUACGACGAAGGCUACACCAGUCUGGGAGGCGUCAAUGAUACGUUGAAGAAUCCCAAGCUGAAGUGUGUGGAGGAGAACGGGGACGAGCGGUACAAGCCGGCAUAUGAAAUGACCCAAGAUGACGGGGAGAGACUUGGGCGGGAGUAA